CACUCAUCACGCACCAGCUUCCUCAAAAAAGACACGGAACCCUGCACUCAAACUACAAGCCCAUGUCCCAUCUGCCACGAAACAAUCGCCUGCACCACGUCGACACGCAGCCUGCGCAUUUGCAUACGAAACACCAAGACGGCAGCUAGAAUGUUCAUUUUGACCUGCCGCCGCAAUGUCAAUACCGGCCACAGGACUAGUAGCAUGCUACUUCGGCCCCGCACCAAGCCCUCGCGCAGCAACUCGAUGAUGCGAAUCAAGCGGUGCGGCCACGCCUUUUGCUACGACUGCCUUGAGACGUGGGUGCAGAAACAAAACACUUGUCCCAUGUGCCGGGACCAGCUGUUUAGU